AUGGCAUCCAACCGGGUUUCUUCAGCACCGCAUAAUGUCGAACAAAUCACCCGUCUUGCUCAGGACUAUGAAUACAAUCCUAACAUACCACUGAAGUAUUGGUUAAGGACAGCAAACUCUCUAGUCAAAGAGGCCGAAAUAUACGAGCGUGAGGGCCACGAUGAGCAGCAGGCUUAUUUGUUGCUCUUCCGACAUGCGCAAUUAGUGCUCGUGAACUUGGUCAACCAUCCCGAUGCAAAAGACCCGAGCAAUCGUCGAGGGCUUCUUGCUGCGGAGAAUCAGGUCAGGGUCAACAUAAAGAAGCUCGAAGGCUUGAAACCGCAGAUAAACAAACGCUAUGAACGGUAUCAGCAGUUAUUACAGAACCGUGAAGCUCGAAAAACACAAACAUCGCAAUUACGGCACGAUCCUCCAACCAAUCGUUACCCACCCAUUUCCGAUCCUGCGCUGUCCGGUACAGCCCAACCGUUGGAAGCAGCGGAGAACAAAGAGCUUGCAGUGCAGAUCGCUCAUAGGGAAAUCAACCGCCGUGAAACCGUCAAACGGGCUAGAGCUACAGGUAUAAGUCAGGAUGAAGAACGCACUCGCCGAACUGGGGGUAUGUGGGGAGACUGGGAGCAAGCUCUGGGUGAACAAAAAGCCAGUAACACUACAGAUGAUCUGAGUCGGCGCAUUCAGGAGGUUCGAUUGCGCUUGGAAGAGCCACAACCUAGGCAGAACCAACCUCGUCAAUCAGAACUAGCGGAAACGUCUUCAACCUACAGAUAUCCGACUGUGCCUAAACAAAAGCAAUACGAUACAUACCCACAGAGCGUGCCAAAACCGGUAAACAAUCAAGUAGAGCCAGCGAAGGCCCCCGCACCGCCUCCGAAGGAAUAUAGAGAGAAUCAUUAUUCCAUCGAAGAGCCACCUCCGCGUCCAAGCAAGCUAUCGUCAACGGGCCCUCCUUUACCAUCGAAAGAGACAGCUGUGUCAAAACCACAGACAGAUCCCUCCGACCUCAACCCGUCCACAUUCACAUUUAAACCCUCCGCAUAUCUUGAAAACGGGACUCCUCUACGGACGUUGUUUUUACCCCCUAACCUCCGCCAUGAAUUUUUAAGACUGGCUGGUUCUAACACUCGACGCAACCUUGAGACAUGCGGUAUUCUAUGUGGAACACUGAUUUCCAAUGCUUUAUUCGUAUCCAAACUGCUUAUUCCUGAGCAAGAAUCGACAUCUGAUACCUGCGAAACGGUCAAUGAAUCGGUCAUCUUUGACUAUUGUGAUUCUGAAGAUCUAAUGGUGCUCGGCUGGAUCCAUACACAUCCGACACAAACGUGCUUCAUGAGCUCUCGGGACCUCCACACGCAUUGUGGCUAUCAAGCCAUGCUGCCGGAGAGUAUUGCGAUAGUCUGCGCUCCAUCAAAAGAUCCCGACUGGGGAGUUUUCCGUCUUACCGAUCCACCUGGCUUGAAGUCAGUCCUUGGCUGCACUCAGAAGGGGCUUUUUCAUCCUCACGCAGAGACGAAUCUGUACACGGAUGCACUUCGACCGGGGCAUGUUUUCGAAGCCAAGGGGUUGGAGUUUGAGACUGUUGAUCUUCGACCGCGGAUAUAG